AUGAUAUUUUUUUGGCGACGCGAUCAUGUCUGGAAGUCCGAAAGUCCCCCGAAGAACCCGAGACCUGCGCCUCCCCGGAAGGACGGCUCGGAGCCCGAGGCGUUUUGGAAGGACAUCGUGCCGGGCUGCCGCGUGAUCGUGGGGCUGCACCCCGACCAGGCGACGGGCGGCAUCGUGACCCUCGCCCGGGCCUUCCGGCGCCCCUUCGCCGUGGUGCCCUGCUGCACCUUCGCCGACGACUUCCCCGAGAGGCGACUGGCGGACGGCAGGGCGGUCCGGACGUACGACGACCUGGUGCAGUGGCUCCGGGCGCACGGGAACGCCGAGGUGGACUUCCUGCGCUUCCAGGGCAUGAACCAGGUGGUGUAUGACCCCCCGGCAAGGGAUUCUGCGUGA